AUGUCCGAGUCCCCCGCCGCCAUCGUCUGGUGCGAGCCCUCGCACGCCUCGUUCGCGCAGGAGCUGUGCGACGCGCUGGGCGUGCGCGUGAUCGCGGCGGGCACGCCGGCGGGCAACGGGGUGGGCGAGGCGUUCGCGGGGGCGAACAAGAUCGACGACAUCCGCCACGCGCUGCUCUCGACGGACGCGGACCUGGCGCUGCUCGCGAGCUCGAGGACGAGCCCGGACGAAUCGGCCGGGGCGCUGCUGGACGACGCCGAGCACCUGCGCGACGCGCGCAAACGCAUCCGCACGAUCGUCACCACGUGCCCCGCGCCGGGUCGCGUGGAGCUCGCGCCGCUCCCGGGGGAGACGGACCGGUUCCCGGCGCGGUUCGUCCCGCGGUUCAACACGCUCGCGUCCUUCUCCGACGCGCGGGACGCGCUCGAGACGUUCGAAUCCGUCCGCUCGGUGAGUUUCGCCUCGCGGUGCGCGCCGGCGCACGGGGCUCUCGGCGCCCGGCUUCUCGACGCGAUGCUGACCGUCCAUUCCGUGCUCGGCGUGCCCGAGCGGAUCGACGCGGCGGUGAUCACACCCCAGCAGUCCGCCGGGAUCCACCGCGCCUCGCCGGAGACGCUCGCGGAGCUGUGCGGCGACCUCACGGCGAAUCUGCGCUACGCUGGGCCGAGGGCGGCGAGCGUGACGCUCUCGGACCGCGGCGGGCGGUGGUUCCGCGGCGCGGCGCUGAUCGGGGACCACGGGUGCGUGCGGAUCGACGACGAUUCGUUCGAGCGGAUCGACGAGAACGGGGCGACGGUGGACGCGACCACUCAGCCCGCCCCCCCGGCGAACGGCGAUGCCUCGAUCGACCCGGCGGUGCGAGUGAUGGCCCGGCAGAUCGCCGGGGCGAUGGACCCGCGGACGCCCCUGCCGCCCCAGCAGGACCUGCGGGAGGUGCUCGCGAUGUGCCACGCGUCGAUCCUCAGCGUUGGAGUCCGCGAAGGACGCGUAAUCGAAAUCCUUCUCGGUGAUGCCGCCGGCGUCGUGCGUCGAGAGGGUGAGCGUCACCUUGUUGUAGCGGAUGAGGAUGUCCGGGUGAUGCUGGACGGAUUCGGCGUGGUCCGCCAUCGUCUUGACGAAGUGCAUCGACGCGACGAAAUCGUCGAACUGGAAGGUUUUCUGGAUCGAGUCGUUGACGCAGGGCGUGCGCCCCGGCGCACUGACGGUAUCUUCGGUGCCGCGAUGGCCGCGUCAAGUCCGCAUCCCGAACCGAUCACGCCGAAAACCCGCCUGGCGCCGUCGCCAACCGGGGCGCUGCACCUUGGAAAUUGCCGCACAUUCAUCGUGAACGCCGCGCUGGCGCGCCAGCGCGGGUGGCGCGUGGUGAUGCGGAUCGAGGACUUGGACGGCCCGCGCAUCAAGGCGGGGUCCGUUGAACAGACGCUCGACGUGCUCUCGUGGCUCGGGCUGUGGUGGGACGAGGGGCCGACGGUGCAGUCCGACGAUCUCGCGCCGUACGAGCGCGCCAUGGCGGGCCUCGCGUCGCGCGGGCUCGCGUACCCGUGCGACCUGACGCGGAAAGAGAUCGAGGAGGCCGCGAGCGCGCCGCACGCGGAUUCGGGGGAAUCCGUCUUCCCGAUCGAGCUGCGGCCGGGGAUGAUGCCGCGCGAGUUCGACGACCGCGAGACGAACUGGCGCUUCGCGCUCCCCGACGAGACGGUCGAAUUCACGGACGCCUUCGCGGGGGCGCAGUCGCACGCGCCGGCGCGCACGGUGGGCGAUUUCCCGAUCUGGACGAAACGCGGCACACCGAGCUACCAACUCGCGGUGGUGGUGGACGACGCGGCGCAGGGGGUGACGCACGUGGUGCGGGGGGACGAUUUGCUCGACUCGACGGCGCGUCAGGUCCUGCUCGGGCGGGCGCUGGGGCUGCCGCCGAUCCGUGAGUACACGCACCUGCCGCUCGUGAUCGGGGCCGACGGCAAGCGCCUGGCGAAGCGCCACGGGGACACGCGUCUUGUGACCUACCGCGAGCGGGGCGUGGCGGCGGAGCGGGUCAUCGGGCUGCUCGCGUUCUGGUCGGGCGUGACGGCGGAGCGGGAGGCGAUGGGCCUGGACGAGUUCUGCGAGCGGUUCGACCUCGCUAGGAUGAACCCCGGACCCACCGUAUUCACCUCGGAGGCGAUCGGCGACACGAUCAAGGUGACGAUCAAGGGCGAGACGUUCACGCUCGAGACGGCGCUGGACGACCCGACGCGCGUGAAGGGGCUCUCGGAGCGCGAGUCGAUCGACGAGCACGGGGGGAUGAUCUUCGUCUUCAAGACGUCCGAGUCGCGCUACUUCCACAUGCGGAACUGCCUGUGCGACAUGGACAUCGCGUUCCUCGACGACGCGGGCCGCGUCACGGCGAUCUACACGAUGACCGAGGAGCCGCCCAAACGCGAGGGCGAGACCGAGACGCAGUACGUGAUGCGGCUCAAGCGGUACCCCAGCCGGUUCCCGGCCGUGGGGGCCAUCGAGCUGCGAGCCGGGAAGUUCGCGGACCUUGGGGUCGAAGUGGGCGACGUGAUCGACGUUGACCUCAAGCGGCUCAAGGCGGCGGCGCAGCCGGGACGCGCACACGGCGCCGAAUCGAACCCGGAGCUCGUGCACGCGGGGCUGUGGCGGAAGAUCGUCGACGCUUGGCCGGGGUACUCCACGCCGCCCAUCGCCUCGAUCAUCCCGCCGGAGGAGGCGCUCGAGGCCGAGCUGCCCAAGACGGCGGUGCUCAUCGAGGACUCCGAAUCGAUCAACCGGGCGACGCUCCAGCUCAUCGACCGCGCCCGCGGCGCGAUGAUUCCCGUGAUCGCGCUGUGCGAAUCGAGCGAGCGCGGACGCGCCCUCGAGGACGGAGCCGAGGUCAUCACCCUCGACGUGCGCACGCCGCCCGAGUUGCUCGCGACGACCAUCGCCGCGAUGACCAGGCGCCAGCCCGCGGUCAACGCGCUGCGUGACGAGGUGCGCGUGCUCCACCGCUUCCACACCGGCGUGCGCGGGGAGAUCGAGAAGAUCAACGAGGAGAUGCAGCUCGCCGCGACCGUGCAGCGCGAGUUCCUGCCCUCCGAGCUGCCCACGAGCGACGGGUUCGAUUUCGCGGCGCUGUUCCGCCCCUGCGGGAGCGUCUCGGGUGACAUCUACGACCUCCGGCGCAUCGACGAGCGGAACGUCUGCCUGCUCAUCGCGGACGCGGUCGGCCACGGGGUGCCCGCGGCGCUGAUGACGAUGGUCAUCGCCAAGAGCGUCGUCCACGCGAUCAACCAGCUCACGCUGGGCGGCGGGGUCGACCCCGCGGUCGUCCUCGCGGAGCUGAACAAGGACCUCUCCGGUCGCGGGCUCGAAUCGCCCCGGUUCGCGACGGCGGUGUGCGGCGUGCUCGACACGUACACGAACACGGUGACCCUCGCGAGCGCGGGGCACCCGCACCCGCUGAUCGUUCGCACGAGCGGCGAGAUCGAGCGGGCACCGUGCGAGGGGUGCCUCCUGGGCGUCUUCGACGGGGCGGAGUACGAGUCGUGCGACGUGCGGCUGGACGCGGGGGACGUGCUGCUCGUGUACUCCGACGGCUUCGAGGUCGCCUUCCCCACGGGCAAGGCGCACCCGGCCGGCUCGACGGUGCCCAACACGCACUACCUCGACCAGUUUGCGCAGAUCCCCGCGAACGCGCGGGACACGAGCCUCAACGAGGCGCUGAUCGCCCUCGCGGGGGAGCUCGACGCGCACCAGGGCUCGCUCCACCAGCAGGACGACCUGACGAUCGUCGGCGGAUCCGUGCCCAGCUCCACCACCGCCACCAUCCACCCCGACGCGCAGGUCCACGAGACCGCGACCGUCCACCCCACGGCCGAGAUCGGCGCCGGCGCGAUCAUCGAGCAGGGCGUGAUCGUGGGGCCGAACUGCGUGAUCGGCGCGCGGACGCGGUUGCGUCCGCGGGUGAUCGUGGUCGAGAACGUGACGAUGGGCGAGGACAACGACGUCCACCCGUACGCCGUGAUCGGCGGCGACCCGCAGGACCGGGCGUUCGACGGGAGCGUGCGCGGGACGGUCGUGAUGGGGAACGGGAAUAUCCUGCGCGAGUACGUGACGAUCAACCGCUCGACGGGCCACGGUCGUCCGACGACGAUCGGCGACAACAACUUCAUGAUGACGCAGGCGCACAUCGCCCACAACGCGAAGCUCGGGAACCGGGUGACGAUGGCGAACGCCGCGUCGCUCGCGGGGCACUCGACGGUGGGCGACGGGUGCGUGCUCAGCGCGUUCGUGGGGAUCCACCAGUUCACGAUCACGGGCGAGAUGAUCAUGUUCCGGACGCACUCCGGCGUGAGCAUGCACUGCCCGCCCUACGUCGUCGUCGCGGAGCACAACCUGAUCUCGGGCCUCAACCGCGUCGGCCUGGAGCGGAACCCGAACUUCACCGACGAGGACCGCGACCAGAUCAAGAAGCUGUACCGGGCGGUCUACCGCGAGCGCGGCGGGCGGAGCCUGGAAGAGACGCUCGGGCGCCUGCAGGGCGUCACGCUCGGCGCGCCGGCGAAGCGGUUCCUGGACUUCAUCCAGGACGCGAUCAAGCUCGACAAGCCGUACGAGCGCGGGAUCGUGCGUCAGCGCUGA